GCGGUAAAAGGGACUGGGCCCAGCUGGGCUCCGCACUGGAGCCAUGGCGCGUCCACACCUCCCGCUGGCGAUGGGCUGCGCCUUCUGCCUCCUCACCCUGUCCCCCGAUGCCCGCGCUGAAUUCCGGGGCCGCCGGACCGGGGAACGCCGGACCGUGUCCCCCCAGGACCCGCAGGUGCAGAAGGUGGCACAGAUGGCCGUGGCCACCUACAACAUGGACAGCAAUAGCGUCCUCUACUUCCGGGACACGAACAUCGUCAAGGCCGAGAGACAGAUAGUAACUGGCAUCAAGUACUACCUGACGGUGGACAUGGAGAGCACAGAGUGCAGGAAGAGCAUGGUCUACACAAGUGGCGUGGACCUCAACACCUGUCCCCUGGCUACCGGAGUGCAUCAGGAGAAGCUGCGCUGUGAAUUUGAGAUCCUCCAAGUUCCCUGGAAGAACUCUUCUCAGCUUCUAAAGCAAAACUGUGCUCAGAUUUAACAGACCCCCGAGUGGCAGCAGCAGGGCUGGGUGGGAGUGGCACAGCACGCAUGGCACCUUAGGGCCGGGGACAAGUCGCUAAAUAAAUAAUCA